AUGGGUAAAAAGCAGCACCAGUCGGAUAAACUUUAUAUUACAAAUACUGAAUGGAAAACAUUAUAUGGUGGAAAAAAGGCUGCAGGUGGAGGAGAAUUAAAAUUUCGUCGCCUACCAUUCAACUGUUGCAGCAUUUCAUUUCAACCAUUCACUGUUCCUUAUUGUACCAAGGAUGGCGUAGUUUUUGAUCUCGAAAAUGUCCUGCCAUUCGUCAAGAAACAUGGAAUAAAUCCAGUGACAGGAAAGAAAAUGAAAGUCAGCGAACUGAUCAAGCUCAAUUUCCACAAGAAUGCAGAUGGAAAAUUUCAUUGCCCAAUAACUUUUAAGGUUUUUAAUCAAAAUACUCACAUUGUUGCGAUUAAGCCCACUGGAAAUGUCUACACAUAUGAGGCUGUAGAACGUCUCAAUAUCAAAACUAACAGCUAUCAGGAUUUACUAACAUCAGAGCCCUUUACGAAGGACGAUAUUAUUAAUAUCCAGGACCCCAAUAGUUUGGAUAAAUUUAAUAUAUCUGCCUUCUAUCACGUAAAAAAUAGUCUUCUCGAAAAGGGCGGUCCUGGAACAUCAAUUAUUCGCUUACUAAAUCCUGAAACAAAGGAAACCCUUUCUGUCCUAGAAAAGGCUGAAAUUGAGGUCCCAGAUUAUAUGUAUUCUAAUAAGUCGAACGAGCAGAACAGUUCAAAAGUUAGAGAUGCUUUUAACACAGCCCAUUACUCUACCGGAAAAGCUGCAGCUUCUCUGACUUCUACUGUAAUGGAACCAACAGUUAUGGUUGAACCAGCUAUUCUUGAGGAUGAUGUUGUCCGUUAUCGUUAUGUUAAGUCCAAAGGUUUUGUUCGACUUAUCACCUCAUUCGGGAAUUUGAAUCUUGAGUUACAUUGUGAUCUUGUGCCAAAAACUUGUGAGAAUUUCAUCAAACUUUGCGAAAGUGGUUACUAUAAUGACACGAUAUUCCAUCGGGUGAUUAGACAUUUUGUGAUUCAAGGCGGUGACCCAACGGGAACAGGCCUUGGUGGAGAUUCCGCCUGGGGAGGCUCAUUUCCGGAUGAAUUUAAAGAUAACUUGAAACAUGAUAGCCGAGGUGUACUCUCUAUGGCUAAUUCAGGACCAAAUUCGAAUAAAUCCCAAUUGCCGUGUCAUCAACUGAACAAAAAACACACAGUCUUCGGAAAAGUUGUCGGUGGAUUGGACACUUUGGAUAAAGUUGAGCUAAUUGAAACUGAUAAAGAAGAUAGACCUUUGGAGGAGGUGAAACUGCUCUCAACGCAAGUCUUUGUUAAUCCCUUCAAAGAAGUUGAUGAAAUGCUGGCUAAAGAGAGGGAAGCGUUAAAGGAAAAAGAAGCAGCAGACUUGAGGGAAAUUGAGGCUCCUAAACCGGGAAACAGACGCGAGGAAGAGGCAAUGGAGGCAGCAAAAAGAGUAAAGAAAAGAGGACAUGCGGAAUCUGUCACUCCACAAAGGACUGGUGUAGGAAAAUUUAUCUUUCUACCGGAUGAUAGCAAAGCGGAACCGGAUUUGGCAGCGGCUAAAAAGCGUCAGAAAACCGUCCUCCGCUCUACCUUAUCAGACUUCAGUGCUUGGUAA